AUGGCCGACUGCUUCCUGCUGCUCCAGGGCCUGGUCCUGGUCCUCGCCCUCCAUCGUGCGGAGCCCUCAGCCACUUCACUGAAGGAAAGACAUGGACUCCAUUCUGACUCUGCCUGCACAGGCAUCCAGGAAAGCUUAUUUCUCCCGGCCACCAAGGCAAACGACGUUCUGGUGAGGUGGAAGCGUGCGGGCUCCUAUCUUCUGGAAGAACUCUUCGAGGGAAACUUGGAAAAAGAAUGUUAUGAAGAAAUCUGUGUCUAUGAAGAAGCAAGAGAAGUGUUUGAAAAUGAAGUAGUCACUGAUGAAUUCUGGAGACGAUAUAAGGGCGGCUCCCCGUGCAUCUCCCAGCCCUGCCUCCACAAUGGAUCUUGCCAGGACAGCAUCUGGGGCUACACCUGCACCUGCUCCCCUGGCUAUGAGGGCAGCAACUGCGAGCUGGCUAAAAAUGAAUGUCACCCAGAGCGGAUUGAUGGGUGUCAACACUUCUGCCUCCCGGGACAGGAAUCCUACACGUGCAGCUGUGCUCAGGGCUACAGGCUUGGUGAGGACCACAAACAGUGCGUUCCCCACGACCAGUGUGCCUGCGGGGUGCUGACCUCCGAGAAGUGUGCACCAGACCUACAGGACCUCCCGUGGCAGGUAAAGUUAACAAAUUCCGAAGGAAAAGACUUCUGUGGUGGUGUUAUAAUACAGGAAAAUUUUGUACUGACAACAGCAAAAUGUUCACUGUUACACAGGAAUAUUAGUGUAAAAACACAUUUUAACAGAACGAGCCAAGACCCGCUGAUGAUCAAGAUAACGCACGUCCAUGUGCACAUGCGGUAUGACGCGGACACAGGGGAGAAUGACCUGUCACUGCUGGAGCUGGAGUGGCCCAUCCAGUGCCCAGGUGCAGGGCUCCCCGUGUGCACCCCUGAGAAGGACUUCGCUGAGCACCUCCUCAUCCCGCGCACCAGGGGCCUCCUCAGCGGCUGGGCAUGCAAUGGCACUGAUCUGGACAACUCGCUGACCAUGCUGCCUGUCACACUUGUGGAGGGGGAGGAGUGCGGACAGGUCCUGAAUGUGACCGUCACCACCAGGACCUACUGUGAGAGAAGCAGCAUGGUGGCCAUGCACUGGAUGGAGGGAAGUGUGGUCACCAGAGAACACGGAGGCUCCUGGUUCCUCACGGGGGUCCUGGGCUCGCAGCCAGCAGGAGGGCAGACUCGCAUGGUCCUUGUCACCAAGGUCUCUAGGUACUCACUCUGGUUUAAACAGAUCAUGAACUAA